ACAACCAUCAAAUGGUCGUGAGAAAUGUUGCCUUCUGGGAGUGGCGGUGAAGUUAAAAGCAGUAGACUCAUUGUCUGAGUCAGUGUUGUGUAUUGAUGCUGUUCAAUAAAGGAUGUAAAUAGUGAUAGUAGAUACACUCGUUGUUAAUUGAAUUCCAGCAAUGUCCUCGGCUUUAGGUGGCCCUGGAAUGUCCCACCGUGGGGCCAGGCCUGAGGAUGGUGUGCGUGAUAUGAUUAUUAUUAGUGAUAUUGAUGAAAAUGGGAUUAAUAUCAAUUUAAAGACAAGAUACAAAGAAGAUAAAAUAUAUACUUUUACAGGGUCUAUAUUGGUAGCAGUUAACCCAUAUAAACAGUUGUUAAUAUAUGAACAGAAAGACAUAGAAGAAUAUAGUGGAAAGAAAAUAAGCCAAGUGGAACCACAUGUGUUCGCUGUUAGUGAGGAAGCCUUCCAGAACUUAAAGAACUCUGGUGUGAACCAGUCAUGUAUCAUAAGUGGUGAGAGUGGAGCUGGAAAAACAGAGACCACAAAGUUUAUACUACAGUAUCUAUGUUCUGUGACAAACCAUACAUCGUUCUGGGUGGAGCAGCAAAUUCUGGAAGCCAAUACAGUUCUUGAAGCUUUUGGUAAUGCCAAAACAGUAAGAAAUGACAACUCAAGUCGUUUUGGAAAAUUUAUGCAAGUGUGUUUUGACGAUUCUCAACAAAUUAAAGGAUGUAUUGUACAAGACUACUUACUGGAACAGUCCAGGAUUACAUUCCAAUCUAAAAAUGAACGUAACUACCAUGUCUUUUAUCAGUUUAUUGCUGGUGCUGAUGCUAGUGCUGAAUUCAGGGAACAGUUUUUUGUUCAGCCAAUAAAUACUUAUUAUUAUUUAAGUCAGAGUGGAUGUACAACCUUAAAUGGUGUUAAUGAUACAAAAAUGUUUGAUAGACUACGUUUAGCUAUGAAUGUGUUAAAAAUUCCAGAUCAGAUGGUGGAUGGAAUAUUUUCUGUGAUUUCCGCAAUAUUGCAUUUAGGUAAUUUAACGUUUGAAGAUGUAGAAGGAGAAAAAAGUGAUUUGACAUCUAAGGAUAAGGAGAUAUUAGACAUGAUUUGUAUGUUAUUAGGAUUUGAAGCAGAACCGCUAAUAGAUUCUCUUUUAUAUAGACAAAUUCAGGUUCGGGGAACAGUCACAAGCAUUCCGUUUAAAGUGCAAGAGGCGAGUGAAAAUCGUCAUGCAAUGGCCAAAGCCUUAUACUCGAGAUCAUUUGCCUGGCUUGUAGAUGCUAUCAAUAAAUGUACAAAUCCAGGGCAACAUGAAUCAAGAUUUUUAGGUGUUUUGGACAUAUUUGGAUUUGAGAACUUUGAGAUAAACAGUUUUGAACAGCUCUGUAUCAACUAUACAAACGAGAAGUUGCACAGAUUCUUCAAUCACUAUGUGUUUGCUAUAGAACAGGAAAUAUAUAAAGAAGAAGAAAUAGAAUUUGCACACAUCACAUUCACUGAUAAUUCACCAUGUCUAGAGCUCAUUGAAAAGUCUCCAAGAUGUAUCUUAAAAAGUGUAGAUGAAGAAUGUAGAUUUCCUCAGGGUACUGACAAAUCGUAUAUAACAAAACAACAUGAAGCUUUUGAGAGCCAUCCAUGCUACAUCAAAGGAGACCGACGGAUGUGGGAAAUAGAGUUUGGUAUACAACAUUAUGCUGGUGCUGUUACAUAUAAAGUCAAGGGCUUCCUAGAUAAAAACAAAGACACACAACAAGAUAUGCUGUUUGAAAUGAUGCAUAAUUCUGUUAAUGUUUUUGUUCAAGAUUUAACCAGAUUCCAGGAUUUACUUGGAGUAAAAUUAGAAGAUAUGGGAGGAAGACAAACUAUUUCUAGGACAACCAGUAAGAAACCAACUGUUGGUGAUACAUUUAAACAUCAACUGAAUGCUCUUGUUGAUAUUCUGACCACUACAAAUCCUUGGUAUGUAAGGUGCCUUAAAUCUAACACAGACAAAAAAGCCAAUGUAUAUAAUGACAAAGAGGUUCUUACUCAGCUCAGCUAUUCUGGAAUGUUGGAUAUUAUUAGGAUCAAAAGAGAGGGAUAUCCUAUCCAUGUGCCUCAUGAAAACUUUCUAGAGAAAUACAAGUGUUUAACACCAAACUUGAGUCCUGGAGAUGAACCAAAAACUCUCUCAACAAAAAUAUUAAACUUAUUAGAUCUUCCAAAAACAGAAUGGCAAGUUGGAAAAAAUCAGAUUUUCAUGAGGAACUCAGUAUUUGAACCACUGGAAGAGAGAAGAUUUGUUUUCAUAACAAAGAAAGCUAUACUUAUACAGAGGACAUGGAAGGGAUUUGCUUGUAGACAUAAAUAUCUAAGGAUGAGAGAAGCAGUGAUGAUAUUACAAGCCUACUUCAGAGCCUGCAGAUCUAGGUUACUGUUUAAGAGACAGAGAAGAUCUGCUGUUGUUAUUCAGCGUCAUGUAAGAGGAUUCCUUGCAAGAAAGUUAGCUACUCGAAUGAAAGAACAAAAGAGGAAAGAAGAAGAACGAAAACGAAAAGAAGAAAUGGAAAGAGAAAAACGAGACAGGGAGAAAGAAGCUGCAGAUAAUGAAGCUAUUGAAAAUAUGAUCAAAUCCUCCCAGGCCGAGUUAGAUUCCUUGACCAACCUUAUAGGUUCUAUGUGGACACAGUACAAGCCACAGGCCUCCCCAACUAACCUCGAUCUAGAUGAUAUGUUUAGUUUUCUUGUCCAGGAAGAAAACAACUUGAACUCAGCCAAAUCAUCCAAUCAAGUACUAGACGAUAUAUACAAACAGUUUGAAGAUUUAGGAGACAAAUUAGAGGAAGAUAUGGAAACUGAAGAUGUACUCAAUGACCUUGACAGAUCAAUUGAAGAAGGAGAAGACCCAUUACCUCCACCUCCAAUGAUGAAUGCAUCUGGUGAAGGUCUGGAUGAAAAUAUACCAUUGCCUCCCCCACCUCCUCCAGGAAGUGGGGUCCAGUCAUCACCCCCAAGACCACCAUCAGCCUCUCUCAAGCCACCUCAUCCUCCUAACUCAGACUCCUAUGAUGAGAACAUGGCAGAGAUAGCAGGCAUAGAGGAUUUCUUGUCACAGUUUGAGACAACAGCAGGUGAAAUGAUGGGAUCCGGAGUCCCCCCUCCACCACCCCCUCCUGGUGGGUCAGGAAUCCCUCCACCACCACCACCACCAGGGGGAGCAGGAAUACCUCCACCACCACCAGGGGGAGUACCACCACCUCCUCCACCCCCAGGGGGAGCAAAUAUUAAUCGUCCACUUCCACCAAGACCAACCUCUGUGGCUGUUCCUCCAGUACUACCACCACCACCGACAAUCCCAGCUCCUCCGUUACCAGAUCAUAUCAACCAAGAACCUACAACACCGACAGCCAUAGAAUCUCUGUCACCAACCAUAGAGAAGAACUUACACAACCUAAUGAACUUUGACAUGGAAUCACAACCAGAGAUGAAUGGUCAUGCUGUACCAGUUAAAGAUUUGGGAGAGGAUGAACAUGUGUAUUAUGAUAUGAUGGAGUAUGCUGAGAAGUAUUACAACGACCAUCCUAAAGAAGUGGGUGGGACCAUCAUGAAAAGUUUGAGAAAGAGACCUGGAUCUGGAGAGAAGGGGUAUUUAACCAAGGAGGAAAUGUUGAAGUUUUGUAAGAAUGGAAAUAUACCAACAUCACAUGUUCAUAUCCAUGACUUAGAGAGUGUACAUUUAGCAUGUACUUCAUUUAAGGAUAUAACUAAGUAUAUAAAAGAUGAGUCUAAAGACGAUGUUUUGAAAGUAGUUCAGAACUAUGUAGGUGCUGGUAUACAGCAUGUGGAGUUACGAGAUGAGAUUUAUUGUCAAAUGAUGAGACAAUGUACGGAUUGUCCUGAACAAAGUUAUCAAGUACAAGCUUGGUCAUUAAUGUGUUUGAUUACAGCCUCAUUCUCACCAAGUAAAAAUCUGCACAAGUAUUUGCUGUCUUUUGUGAAGAAGAAUUGUAGUGAUAGUAUGAUAGGGAAAUACUCUCUACAAUGUCAUAAACAUCUGACAAUGCCCAGAGCCAAGGCAAGAAAUCUACCACCAUCUACAGCAGAAAUUAUGAGUAUGCAGAUGCUGAGCCCAUUGAUAUGUAAGGUAUACUUUAUGGAUGGUAAGACGAAGGCUAUCAGUAUGAUGCCUAUAGAUACAGCUGCUGAGGUACUAGAUAGUGUGGCGAGGAAGAUAGGUUUACGAUCGGUUGAAGGAUGGGCUCUGUUUGAGAUGACAUCAGACUAUGAGAGAUAUAUCAGAGGUUAUGAAUAUAUAGCUGAUGUUUUAACACAAUGGGAAUUACAAGAAAGAAAAUCAGCUCAAUUAUCUAAAUAUGACACUGUAUCUAAGAAGGGACCAAAGAUGGCUCUAGGAGGAUCCGAUGCCAGACUUAUAUUUAGGAAGCGUGUGUAUAAACAUAUUAAAGACAUUCCAAAUGAUCCAGUUGAAUACCAGCUACUGUAUGCUGAAUGUGUGGCCAAAGUUGUUAGGGAUGAGUUUCCAGUAUCAGAUAAGGUAGCAUUACAGUUAGCUGGUUUACAAGCUAGAGUUACCUUUGGACAGUAUGAAGAAGGCAAAGACUUUAGAUACAAAGAAGCCGAGCAGUUCUUAAGUAAGAGGAUAUUAGCUAUGCCUGGACGUGACUGGAAUGAAGAAGUAGCUGCAUCUCAUAGUCAUUAUGGUAAAGGGAAGACAGAACUAGAAGCCCAAGUGUGGUAUUUAACAGCAGUGAGACAGUUUCCGUUGUAUGGAUGUACUUUGUUCCCUAUUGUUCAUAAAGGAUUGUGGUCUCAUACAGGAGAUGCUUUAAUUGCUAUCAAUAUGGAUGGAAUUAAAUUUAUCAAAGCUAGAGACAAAAAUGUGAUAAAUCAGUUUAAUUAUACUGAAAUAGAGUCAAUAACAAUUGACCCUAAUGAUAAUUAUGUGACAUUAGAAUUGAAGAACACAGCUGAUGUAAACUGUCAACAGAGAUGUUUUAUGUUUGAGACCGAGUGUAAGGAAGAUAUAGGUUCUCUCAUUGCUAGCUAUUCUCCAAAUCAUGCCUCAUGGCUCAAUCCGGAAUAUGAAAGUUUGAAGAAAAAGUCUAAGAUGACAGAUGAAGAAAAACUGAAAUUAUAUGAGGAAAUAGUUCGGUGUAGAAGAGCUUUAUCUGAUAGUCGACUACUUCAAAAACCAACGGGUCAUGGAAAUGCUGGUUUCCUUAGACAGUCUAUUAGAAGUAUUGUUAAAGAUAAACUUACAAAAUCUAAGAUGGAGAGAAUGAGAAAAUCAACUAUUGGAGGAGGGAGUGGAAACUUUGAUGAUAGUUACUGGUCUUACAGUAAAUCAUGUAUUAAACAUCCACUGACAGUUUCUUUGACUGAUCCACAGAUGGAAGAGAAAGCUAUCAGAAUGUUCCAUUGUAUACUAAUGUAUUGUGGGGUAGAGGAGGCAGGUAAAGGCGAUGAGAAGCCAGACUUGAUGAGUUUAGUUCAGAGUUUGAUGAACACAUGUCUAGACAAUGAUCAGCUGUGUAAUGAAUUCUAUCUACAACUAGCAAAACAGACCACAGACCAUCCUGAUCCUAACAGUCAAGUAAACAAGAGAAACUGGCAGUUAAUGGCAGUAACCACAAGUUGUACCUUCCCUUCCAAUACACGUGUACAAAAGUACAUACAGUGUCAUCUAAGGAAGUGUUCUUUAGAUGCUGCUAGUGAUGAAGGAAGAUAUGCAAGGUUUUGUCACAAGUGCUUCAACAGAACAUUGGAACAUAGGAAGAGAAAGUUCCCACCAUCUAGGAAGGAAAUUAAAUGUCUUAUAGAUAGACGACAGAUUUAUGACAGAGUAUAUUUUAUGAAUGGUGAGAACAGGAGUAUAGAAUUUGAUUCAGCAGCAACUUGUGAAGAGGUUAUAAAAACAGUAAAAGCUAAGAUUGGAAUGAGGUCUGAUGCUGAUUGUUUUGCUCUUUAUGAACAGAUUGGUGGGUCUGACUUGUAUGAUAUCAAAGAACGCUGUAUGAAUUUGGAUGAGAAAUUAUCAGAUACCUUAAGUAAAUGGGAAAGACUUUCCAGAGGUGCUGUUAGGGAUAAUAGAUUAAUUUUCAAGAAAAGAUUGUUUAUUUCUCCCUACAUUAAUCCACUUGACCCAGUGGAAUGUGAUCUUGUCUUCCAUCAACUUAUAGAAGAUAUGUUUGAACAGAGAGUACCACUAACUGUAGAGGAUGCUGUUCAUCUUUGUGCCUUAAAGAUUCAAUCUGAGAUGGAUGAACUGAAGACAGCAGAUAUAGACUACAGUUCUGUAGUUAGAAUUUUGCCACGUAGCAUGAGGGCCAAUAUAAAAGUGGAAGAUAUAGUUUCAGCUCACCAAAACCUUUUAGACAUGACACCAAACCAAGCAAUCCUCACCUUUAUAGAAAUGCUCAAAUCAUGGCCAUUGUUUGGAUCAACAUUGUUUGAAGUUUCGCAAUCUUAUACAACAUCACUUCCCAAGUUACUGUUCCUAGCUAUCAAUCAGAAAGGGGUUUCAUUACUGGAGAUGAAAACAUUUGACAUAUUAGAAUCUCAUGAUUUCACAGAAGUUGUCCAUUCCAGUCCAGCUAUAAAAAGUAUCAUGAUAGUAGUAGGUCACAUGGCUACGGGAUCAAAGUACAUGUUUAAUUCAAAUCAGGCUUAUGAGAUAGCACAUCUAAUCAAAGACUACAUAGAUGAAUUACAAGCUAGAUGUGUUAUACCACGGGCUCGACCAGAAAGUCUAUACCAAAGUAAUCGUGUGUCUUCUGUUUACAUUGAUGACCAUACAUUUGAAACCUUACAAACACUUGUAUAAUACUUUAUUUAGAUUCAUACAACCUUUAUAUAUAAGAUUAGCAAAAGCAGCAGUAUUUAAUCUAAAUGGCAGAUCAGCUUUUGUAAUCUAAUAUCAAGUGUAAUUUGGCUUCCAAGCUUUGAAUUUUAAAGGGCAUAGUUUCUUCAAAAAAUUGCUAAUAAAUUAUAUCAGAAGAAAAUUGAUGUGAAUAUAUUGAUCAGUCUGAAAAUUAUAGAGGACCCUUACAGAAAUACAUGGGAGCAAUAUGGUUUUAUAUCACAAUAUUUUUGUGAGUUGAUUAGUGAUGAAAUGUAUAAAUUAUGUUAAACUAUUUGUCUAGUUUUUUUUUUAAAGAAAUACUCUAGACUAUAAACAAAGUGCAAUAUUUUACUUUCUAAGUCAUUUCUAAUGGAAUUUUGUGAUGACUAUUGUUUUUGUACAGUGAAACCUGUUUAAACUAAGAUUGGAAUAUAUAGAUAAUUAAAGUUACAUUUUGAUGUCAUUUAUUGUCAUGUUGGUAUUAUAUUAAAUAGAUAAUUUAUUUGAAAUAAGAGAAUGAGAAAGGAACAUUGUAAAUAUUAUGCUAAAAAAGAAAGGCAAAUGAUAUACCAUUUUAAUCAAAAAGAAAUAAUCUAUUUUUCAGUUGUUUUGCAUAUUGAAGAAAAGUAUUCUUAGUGCCUUCUAGAUUCAUGCUAUAAAGUAUUUAAUAAAUUACUGGGUAUUUGCUAAGAAUUAACUAAAGCAUUCAUAGAUAUCAUACAGAUAUAUUCCCUUUUCCAAAAAGUGUCAUAUUACUUUUUUGUAUACAUUAUUACUAGUUUUUUAUAUACUUUAUACCUUAUGUUGAACAAUAGGCAAAAUUCCUUAUUUUUUUAAUAUGAAAUGAUGAUUUUGCAUUCUUCACUUCCCUUUUGCUGUUUCCCCCCCAGAUUGCUUAAGUUUCAAACAUCAUAUUUUUUAUGAAACAAGACCAAAGUACAAUUUUUCAUUACAAUCAUCAUCAUCUCAUGGUACAAUAUUUUAUUUCUUAUCCACAUAUUAUACAUGUGCAAAAAAAAACUUUAUAACAAGUUUUUCAGACAUGGAGUUUAUAUGACUUAUUUUGUGGGAGACUAAUAACCUUUUUAUACUGUUAUUUAUGGGUUUUUUUUCAAAUGAGUCACAAAAAUGGUAUUGAAUUGCUGAUUUGAUAUCAUUUUAUGGUGUGUGGUUGUCAUGGCCAGUCACUGAGCUUUGAUGUGAGUACAAAGAACAAAAUAAACACAAAGUUUGAUUAUUGAGUACGGUGACAACAUCAAUGAUUUGUAAGAUGAAAUAACUUUUGUAUUUUUACUUUGCUGAACAAAUGUGUAAUUUCAGGUAAACAAAUCAUUCUUUAUAUUAUUACUUUUGAAUCAGAUUUUCCUUAUGUGUGUAACAUUUGUUUAUUUCCUGCUGACAAAUGGAAAUUAAUAAACUACCUCUAUUCUGGUGGUUAAAGGUCAUAUGCAAUAUUUAUUUUACUGUUAGAGCUGUUUUAUAUCCGGAAUGAUGUCAUAAGGGCCAUGAAGGCAAACAUAGAAUCUAAUUGAGGCUAUUGUGAAAGACUAGUAUUUUAUUGUUCAGCACCACCAUCACACAUAGUGCCAUAAAGUUCAGUAGGUAUAGAUGUACAUGUAAGGCGCUUGAAACAAUGUUUUUAAUAGUAAUUGUGUAGUAAAGGAUACAAUUGACUGUGAUUGGUUUUAAAUAUUGAUUUAAUUUAAAUUUCCAAAUGAUUCCAUCUUUCAGGACCAUAAUGUAGAUUGUUUGAAACCCUUUCUUUCCAACAAGUCUUUUAUCCUUAACAACUUGAGGCAAAAUGUUUUUCCAAAAUGAAACAGAUGGAGUUGGAUGAUUGUACAUUAACAAAUUCCAUAUCUGACUUUAAAAAAAUGUUGCAUGUGACCUGUUAAAGGUGUUGGAAUCAAGUUGCACUAACUCAUGCUGUAGAAAUAUAUCGACUUCUGUUUAAAGGAGAGAAUACAACAAGAACCAGAAAAAAACCUAUAUAUUUCAUACUUGUAUAUUUAUUUUGAUUUACUAUCUAGUCUACACAGGUUAACUAUUUUUUUUUGUACUAACUUAUUUUAUAUCUAUUGUCAAGUUAGUUAUCUUUCCCUAUUUGGUGAUAUAUUAAUUUACUGGUUACAGAUUACAUUACUGGUCUAAUUGAUAGUGUAUUUAUUUAUGUAAAGGAAACAAACUUUGUUCUUUAAUCUUUCAAAAUCAUUCAGCAGAUUGAAUAUGUACAAGCACUGUGGGACUUCAGUGAAUUAAGCAGGCAUCAGUUGAAAAGCGAUCUUUUCCUUAACAAAAAUAUAUUAUCUAAAUCCAGUGCUUAUUGGGUGUUUUUUUCUUAUUGUAUAAAGUUUUCCAUUAAUAGAAAUAAUAGAAUUAUCUUUGAAAUGAUAUGAAUCAGCAAAUAAUAGAGGUUUUCUAAUCUUUAAUUCAAAAGAGGGCCCCAAGUAUUGAGGCUGUGAUUAAAUGGUUGUCAUUGGUAGCUGUCAGUCAUGUUUGUUUGUUGUUCACUGAUUUAAGCAUAGAUCCGGCCAUUGAUUUUCUCUUUUGAAUUGUUUCAUAUUUUGUCAGCAAAGAGCCUAUUUUGUAGCUAACUAGACAGUAUUGGUUUUGCUCAUUGUUGAAGGCCAUAAGUUGUUUACAUCUCUGUUGGAUAAUUGUUUCAUUGUGAUAUUUAAUACAAUGGAGGACUUUUGUCUUUUAUUUUGACCAAAAGUAGUUUGCACUCUUCUCAGUUCAAAAUUGUUGAAGGAAGUGAAGAAUGAACAAAUAAUCAAUAACUAGGAAGUCCUUGAAACAAUUGAAUUAAAGUUUCCGUCUUAAUUGUUAUAUGUUUUUCAACAUUUCACAUUUUUUUAUUUAAUGAACUUAAAUAUAACUCUAUAUUCUGGUUGCUUUUUUCAGAUUCAUGACUUAUGUUUUAGACAAAUUUCAGUUAGAUAUGUUUUUGUUAUAUUUGUAUUGUUAUUUACCAAUAUGUAUGUAAUUAUUUAUUAAUGUGUUCAUUUUAUUACACAAUCUAUGCAAUUUUUAUGCAUAUUUAUCAAAUUUUACACUUGCAUAAUUUUUUUAACUUUGUAGAAUAAUUUCUUUGUUUUUGAAUUAGAAAUUUUAUUUUGAAUGAUUUAUUUUGGUCUGCAUAUCAGAAGAAUUCAUAUAGAUAUUAAAACAUUAAUUAUUUAUUCAAAUAUUGGGGAUUUCAGCAUAUAAACAUAGAAUGUUUAUAUUUGGUCAGACACUUGUCAGUGAAAGGAAUAAUGCAUAUGAUAUUAUAAUUGUUGACUCAAUACUCAAUUUAGAUUUGAGGAAGGAGAAUGAAGCAAAAAUUAUAUCUUUCAUAAUAAUAAAUUUUAUGGUGAUGUUAAUGAUGCAAUCUUAGAACUUCUUAACUUUAAUUUAGGUACUGAUUGCAGGCUUCAAGUGUCAUCACUAUUUUUUUUCCUCAGAAUUUAAUUCUUUAAAUAGACAUAUUUUAGUUGUCACAAAAGACUCACGAUACUUGAAUGAAGUGUUAAUGGAAAAUGAAUAAAACCACAUGACCAUUUUUAUGAAGUAUUAAUCAUAUACACAAUUUUAAGUGCUAAAUGAUGAAUUAUAAGUAUUACAUAUACUUUGUCAACAUUUUGUAUUGUAAUCUCUAUAAGCUUUGAAUCUCUUUCAUUUAUAGUGUACAAUGUGCAAUGUUUUACUAAUGUGAUGUAACAAUCUUGUCAAUAAAUUUAUUUUCAUAUA